GAGAGGAUGUCUCUACCCAAAAUCCAAAUAGAAGAGGCUCUGGACAGUGCAGAUACUGGAGAUGCUGCUCCUCCUGAUGACCACCUGAGGAGCCUCAAGGCACUGACAGAGAAGCUGAGGCUGGAGACUAGGCGGCCAUCCUACUUGGAGUGGAAGGCAAAGCUGGAGGAGCAGGCAUGGAAAAGCCCCCAGCCGUCAGGAGAGGAGGAGGCGACUGAAGCCAAAAAGGCCACAGGGGAGACUGUUCCCUUGAGGAAGGUGCAGCUACAUCUUAAUGGAAGUCUUGCCCAGGACAAGGUGACUCUUACUUCAGGGAGAAUAGGUGGCUUUGAGAGCAUUGAUGAAGCUUUGACGUGGCUCAGGAAGGAACUGGCAGAAAUGCGCCUGCAGGACCAGCAACUGGCAAGGCAGCUCAUGCGUCUCCGCAGUGACAUCAACAAGCUGAAGAUCGAGCAGACGUGCCACCUGCACCAGCGCAUGCUCAACGAUGCCACAUAUGAGCUGGAGGAGAGGGAUGAGCUCUCCGACCUCUUCUGUGACUUCCCCCUCAUGAGCUCCUUCAGCCUCUCCACGCCACUCAAGCUCAUUGGGGUCACCAAGAUGAACAUCAACUCCCGCCGGUUCUCAUUGUGUUGAAGUGAGGGGGAAGAAGAGGAAAGGAUGAGGGAGAAAGAGAGGAUGAGGCAGCACCAGGGCUCUCUCUGCCUGAUGGCUGGCUGAAAAAGAGGCCAAAGAGUAGCAGAGAGAACAGGAGCAAACAGGGAGCCCACAGCUGUUCUUGAUGUCAGAGCAGAGCAGCAGAGCUGGGCACUGAGAUGGCCCAGAGAUGCUCAUCAAGAAU